ACAAAAUUUAAUUUAGUUGACGAGUAAUUUUGAUGAGAAGAACAAAACAAGUAUAUUACCGAGAGUCGUCAGACGAAGAUGAACGUGAAGUUGCCAAUUUGACUGAUUCAAAUGAAGAGGACAAAAAUGUUUCGGAAGAUGAAGGCGAUUACAUCCCGCGACAAAUUAUUGAAGAAGACCUCCUAAAUCCUGAUAUUUCCCAGAUCUUAACAUGGAGAACAGAGAAAGCAGCAACAAACGCUUCCGAUACUUAUAAUAUCGAAGAGUGUGAGUUUUUAGUGAAAUUCAAGAAUUAUUCCUACCAUAACUUGGAAUGGAUGACAUAUGGACAGCUGGACAGCUACAACAAGAGAGCAUCAAUGAAACUUAAAAGAUUUGUUCAAACACAUCAGAGAAAAUAAUGUUUUACCAUACCUGAAAAAUGAUUUCGAGAUCCCUAUAGACAACAACUGAUUGAUCCCAGAGAGAAUUUUAUUCACAACAGAUAUGUCAUCGGUUAUUCUCCCAGAGAACGUGGCCAAGUUCAAAGGCAGAUGGGAACAGAGGUGUGGAGAAAUUUGCAGAAUUUUACUGAACUACGUAGACGGCAUCAACGGCAUCAGAGGCAAAGUGAAAUAUGGGGUCUACUUCAUGGCCAACAUUGAAACUCCCGAAGACGAAGCGCUGAGAGAAAAACAGGAACUCAGACAUCAGGAAGAAGAAAAAGCAAAUGGAGGUGAGGGAGAAGGAAAUGGAGAGAAAUAUGAAGAAAUUACGCUUACCUUGGUUCUCAACAAAGUUUGUGGAGGAAAGUAUAACCACCCGAGUGAAUUCUGGGCUCAGCUAGGCCAAAUGUUCAAAUAACUGUAUCACCUCGUAUCCGGAUGCGACUUCAAGCUACAGAAAGAUAGGAGAUAAGUUAAGAGUGCUUACUUACCACCUGUACAAAGACUGGUAUUCCUUGUUCCAAGAUAAAGCCAAGGACACCCAAAGGCGGAUAGUCGAAGCUGAGAUGCUUAAGUUCUUGGAACUGAGGGACGAGAUGAGGAAGAAAAGGAGGGAAGAAUGGAAAGCAGAAUCGGUGAAGGAAAGAGAACAGAUGAAGGAGAAGGAAGGCAAGGAUGAAGCCGGUAUAGGGGGUAAAGAAGAUGGAAAGGAAAACGGAAAAGAGCCUGAUGAGGAGAAGAAAAAUGCUCAAAAAGAAGGAGGGCAAUCUCAAAAUCCCGCGCAGCCAAAGGAUGGAUCUAAUAAUGAUGCUUCAAUAACUCCAUCCAACCCAGCACCUGUGCCAAGCACCCAUGAUAAUGCUUCGAUGGCUAACCAAGCUAGGGACGGAACAUUCUCAACAGAGAAUCAGCAAAUUAAUCAGAAUACGGGAGGAAAUCAGGGUCCGGGAGGCAUGAAUCCAAUGAAUCAGAUGAACCAAAUGAACCAGAAUGAUUCCCAAAAUAACCAAAUGAUGAACCAACAUCAAAACAUGCAAGGAGGUCCUCAGGGAGGACCUAUGCAAGGGCAGAAUCAUGGAAACAAUAGACUUCCUUCAUUAUCUUCAUUACCAAUCAACAAUUCAAUGGGUAACCAGCCAAACAUGUUUGGUCCUAAUGGAAUCCGGAUCCCUUCCAUGUUCGGAAAUCAAAUGCAAAUGCCCAUGGGAUUCCCAGCUAACAAUCCAUUCCAAGGUGGAAGAAUGGUUCCUCCCAACUUCAACCCCGGCAUGAUGAUGAACAACGGCAAUAUGGGCAUGGUCAAUCCAGCUAUGCACGCCCAGAUGUUGCAGCAGAACAUGAUCAAGCAAAUGCAGAUGAAAGGAAUGGUUCCUCCAUUCAACGCAAACAUGCCAGGAUUUCACCCUGGAAUGAUGAACAUGGCAAUGGGAGGUCAGAUGCAAAACCCAAUGAUGGCGAGGAUGGGACUCAACCCUCAAAUGGGAAUGUUCCCUCCAGGUCAUCCUCUAGCCAUGAGACAAAACAUGAUGAACCAGAACUUCAACAGAAACAUGAACAAUAAUGAAAUGCAGAACGAGAGUUAUGUUCCAGGAGGAAUAGAAGAAAAUGCCAUAAACGCAAUCACCAGCAUUGACUUCAAAGCGCAUGAUGUCAAUGAUCUUCUUCAGGUAGACCUCGACAUUGAGAAUAGGUCUGCAGACGUCGACCCAGGUCAGUUCAACCUAGAUUGGCUGCUGAUGGAAGGUGAAACUCAGAAAGACUUUGAAGAGUCUGAGUUGUUCACUCAAGAAGAGUUGGCCAUUAUCCUGUCAAGAGCUAUUCAGUUCGAACAGUUGUACUUGGUGAAGUGGACCAACCUUUCAUAUACCGAAGCAACUUGGGAACCUUACUCUCUGAUCCAGCAAUACGAUGAGUUGAUUGAAGCAUUCGAAAUGAGGAAUCGAAGAAUUGAAGCUGAGAAACGAGACAAACUUACGAAGAACACUGGGAUCACCAAGAAACUGAUUGAGUACCUCGGAAUUUCAGAGAAAAGGCGAAAGAAUCAAGGCGAAGACGACAUUGACAAUCAUCUAAAGCUAUUCAAGUAUCGGAAGACUUUAUUCCAUGACAAACCUGAUUAUAAGGUCUACGAGAAAGAACACGGCAAAUACCCAAUUUUCAAGAAGGGGCAAAAGCUUAAAGACUACCAGAUUAGCGGAUGCAACUGGCUGAUAAAAUCCUGGUUCGAUGAUAGAAAUGUCAUCCUUGCAGACGAGAUGGGACUAGGAAAGACUGUCCAAACUAUUUCGUACCUCAACUACCUGUUCACGGAAGCAAAUGUGGAAGGCCCUUUCUGAGUGAUUGCUCCACUGACGACACUGUCUCAUUGGAAGAAAGUUUGCGAUGAAUGGACAGACAUGAAUGCUUUACUUUACUAUGACCAGUCAGGCGCAGAAGGAAGAGCCGCUCUCAGGUUGUACGAGUGGUACUACACUGAUAUUGACAGCGAAUGCAGACAAACUCAAAGGUACAAAGUCUUGAAGUUCAACAUCAUCCUGACUUCUUUUGAAGUCUUCUGUAGUGAUCUUUACAAUGUGUUCCUGGAUGUUCCAUUCAGAUGCAUUGUUAUUGACGAAGCUCACAGGCUCAAAAAUAGAGCUGGAAAAACACUGACUUUGCUGAAAGAGCAUCCAUGUGUUAGAGUUUUCUUGCUGACUGGAACUCCUGUUCAGAAUAACACAAAGGAACUAUUUACUCUUCUUAAUUACAUCGAGCCUUUGAGGUUCAGAGAAAUGGACAGGCUUUUGGAAAACUUCGGAGAUUUGAAGAAUGCGAGCCAAGUUCAGGCUCUACAGACUCUGCUCAGGCCAUUCUUUUUGCGAAGACUCAAGGAAGAAGUAGAGGACUCCAUCCCUCCUCUCGAAGAAACUGUUGUAGAAGUUGGACUUACAAAGCUUCAGACUGUUUACUACAAAGGAAUUUAUGGUGAAAACAAAUACAUGCUGUCUAAACUAGGAACAAACUCUGCUAAAGCUAUUCAUCUGAACAACAUGGAUAUUCAGCUCAGGAAAUGAUGCAAUCAUCUUUAUUUGCUAAAGGGAGUUGAGGAAGAACUCGAAGGGAAGUGCCAAACUGACCAGGAGUACUACCAAAGCUUGCUCGACUCAUCAGGUAAACUAAUCUUACUGGAUAAGUUCAUUAAAAAGUACAGAGAAGAAGGACAUAAGAUGCUAGUCUUUUCACAGUUCAAGAAAAUGCUUGAGAUCAUCGAAAUUUACCUCAGAAGCAUCGGAGUUCCGUUUGAAGUGCUCACAGGGAGUGUCAAAAGCCAAGACCGAGUUCUGUCGAUUCAGAGGUUCAAUGACGACCCCAGCUUCGGUGUGUUCUUGCUCACAACCAGAGCAGGAGGACUCGGAAUCAAUCUGACCUCAGCCAGAGUUGUUGUUAUUUUUGAUAGUGACUGGAAUCCUCAGAAUGAUCUGCAAGCUAUUGCAAGGGCUCACAGAAUUGGACAGAUCCACGAAGUCAAAGUGUAUCGGUUCAUCACCAACAAGACUUAUGAAGAGCAAAUGUUCAACCGCGCCUCCAAGAAGUUGGGAAUGGAGCAGGCUUUAUUCAAAGGGUCAAAGGACAUGGACCCGACAAAGCAAGGCCAAGUUGGUGAUGGAAAGCCAGACCAGAAAGAAAUAGAAAACCUGCUCAGAUACGGAGCCUACGCUUUCCUGGAUGAGGAUGGAGAAGACAUCGCAGACAUGAAUAUCGAAGAUAUCUUUGAGAAAUAAGACUAAAUCCAAAAAGAAGAAAGGAGGCAAAAGCUUAAACAAGUCUACCUUCAAUGUUGAAGUGUACGAAAAGAAGCUUGACAAACUUAACGAUGAUGACUUCUGGAAAGAAAUUCUCCCCAACUUGGAAGUCCUGAGUGUGCAAGCUCUGGAGAAGAAACUAAAAUUCGAAAGAGCUGACAUUAUCAAAAGUGAAGACGCUCAGAAAGAGUUCCUAGAAAGCUUAAGAAAAUUAGUCGCUCAACUGCUAGAAACUAAAAAGGGUGCUGCAGAUGUAUUCUCUACUGAAGAUGACGAGACGAGGCUGAGAGACCUGAUGAUGAAGUUCUGCAAAGUCCACAAAAUGAAAGCAGGAGUGCGCGAGGAAGCAAAACAGCUUCUCAGAGACUUGAAUCAGUCAAUUGAGCUUCUGAGCUAUGAGGCUAAGUUUAAAGAAGAAAAAGAUGAAGCUAAAAAGGAAGAAGAAAGCGCUGCUGAAGCCAAGGCAGAGGAACCAGUUGCGCAGACAGAAGAGAAGAGAGGCAAGGCCAGAGUCAGAAGGAAGAGAAAAGCCAACAAUAAUGUUGUGUAUGACCAAGACAACAUUGGUGAUGAAUUUGAAGAAAAAGAAAAACAGAAAUGAAAGAGGCAAAAGAAGAAUAGUGACGACGGUGAUGAGUAUGUGCUGGAAGACUCUGAAAACCCAUAUCCUUCAAAGGAUGGCAAAAUGCCUGAGGGAGAAGAAGCUUUGGGAGCUGAGUACGGAGCAAGAGGCUACCAAGUUCAUUACAAUCAAGCAGAUCCAAAGUUAAACCCUCACAGAGAUGGGUCUCAUGGCUAUGAAAUGGGUCACGGAAGUGAGCAACAAUAUCCAUCUCAUGACCAUGACGGAGCUUCAAGUAAAGACUCACAGAAGAGGAGAGAUAUGAAGAGACAGCACAAGCAUCCUCACCCGGGAAUGAGCAAACACAAACAGCAGCUUCCUUUGAACCUGAACUACACUGAGUUCUUCCCAAUCUUCUGUAGCUUGUGUCUUCAGAAGGUUGAAGACAACUACUCCUGCUGGAAAUGCCAGGGUCAUUGAGGAAAAGUCUACCAUGAGGAAUGAAAGAAGAGACAGGAUGUCAACCUCCACGGAGAAGUCAACGAAAGAGCAAGAAUUAACGAAUGGCUAUGCUGGCUUUGUACUGAAGGCAAAGCUGAAUGAUUUAUCUGAGGAUCCAUUGAUUUUGUCAAAUGGAAUGCAAGAAAGAAGGUGCCUAGCUAUAUUAGAAAUAACCCAGCGUUGAGUGCUUACCAUAGAUAUGGAUCGCAAGGGAACAAAGAAGGCGAAGGUGGACAGCAAUUAAAGCCUGAUGGUACAGAUGCUCAGUUAGUUGAUAAUCCAGUGAAAGAACCACAUAUUAUUCAGAAUGAAGAUGGACCUGAGAAAGAGACAGAGAUAAAGUUUAGAUUUGAUGAAACUCCUUCACCAGAAACAGACCCGGUGAUAAAGUGAUACACAGGAUCUUGUCCUCGUCACUACCAUCUUGCUUGACUCAAAAAGAACCAUCACCGAUGUUUGUUUAACCUGCAUAACCAAGAUGAAUUCAAAUGCUCUCUACACUUUUGUAAGCACUGUGGUCAAACCAGUGAACAAUCUCUCUUGAUGCAAUGUCUAAAAUGUCCUAUAUCAUAUCAUAUGAAGUGAUCAAAACAAGAAAGAUAUUUGAAGAGGCUUUCUAGGAGACACAUUAUCUGAUCAACUCAUUAUAGACCUCCUAGAGAAGAUGCUAUUUCUAAAGAAGGACCCACACAAAUGAAGCCAGAGUGCCUAGCUGAAGAGAUUCCCGCUCAACAUCCCCCUAAUGUUGAAGAGGUUCCAGAAGAACAGGAAGGAGAAGAAGGCAAUAAAGAGAUAUUCAAGAUAGAGAAGCGUAAUGUUGCAGAUGAUAGCAAAAUCUCAGUAAAUGUUAGAUCGAAUGAAGGUGAAUAAAAGAAUUCAAUUUGAAAACA